AUGGCCCAAUCAAAGCGGGUGGCUCGUCGAAGCAUAACACAAAUGAAGGAUGAGGAAAACAUUGUUGAACCAAGUAUUGAAGCCACACCUGCCUUCAAGAUCCAGUUGCAGGAGCUUGCGACUCUUUGCCAAAGGCUCUGUUCCACUUACCGACCACCCAGAAACACCUGGCAACUCGGAGACCCCAGACCCCCCAAGCCUAGCCUACCCAUAGGCAAAAGUCAAAGCAAGAUAAAAAAACAAGACCAGCUGGAGAUCUGGAGUUCCUGGCCACUGGUGUCGACGUUCUGGGAUCCGGCGCAGAAGGGAUGGCCCCCCUACGGGGUCCGCCUGCCCGACGCCUGGGUCUACCUUGCGAUCAAACUUCUCUCUACCACUGAGCGCCAUGACAAGUAUCCCGCCGACUUUGACGGUAGUGGCAUGGUCCGACAAAGCAGGGUACCCUGUGGCCCGACGUUUGUGAUCUCAGCCCAUGGGGUCUUUGCGUAUCCUAUCUUCAAGGGGUACUACGUUCUAUGCGGAGAGGAAGGGAGAAAGCACUGCGCCUGGCUGCUCCAGCGCCAACGUGACGCAGCGGGCAACCAAUAUCAGUUCAAAACGAUCAUCGCCGGGCCAGUACUGCCGCCCCCAAGCAUGCGUCCACCUCACAGUUUCAUCGUCAAGCUACCGCGCCAGAGACCUGUGACUACCGCCGACUCUGGCACUCCAAAGCGGCCCGACACAGCGGAAACGGACCGCUGGACGGUAUGCCUGGACGACAUGGUGCUGCAGUACAAGAAACCCGACACCUACGAGAUAGUGCCAUUCGCACAGCUGAGCCCGCGUCUCACCUGCACAGAGUCUUCGGAGUCGGACAAGCUUGUCAACCGCCUGAGCUCUUCCUCUACCACGAACACCACGGCUGCUCUUACCGGCCUUACCCGCCCAGUUAAGCGACCUCGCUCCGAGGCCAGCACGCUGCCCGCCACACCUAAGGAUACUACAACGGCCAGUAGCCCUACUGACUUCUUCAGUCCUCCUAGAGCGUCCGAUUCCUCUACCAAGCAGACUACCCCGGCGCCUAGCAUUCAGACGACAGGCAAAGGCAACGGGAAAAUCAAGCAUGCUGAUGCAGAAAACUGGAAGGACCCGGCCGGUACACCUAGCAUCAACAGCACCCCCAACAUACUUCAAGCAGAGGAAGCCGUCCGAAACCAUUGCAAGCGUCGCCGGAUCACUCCACAUAAACAGCUCUUAUCCAAACUCUGUGACUCUUUCAUGCAGACCAGAAAGCAUUUUGGCACAUACCAUGCAUCUUCCAUGGAGGCCGAGAAACGUCGCGAGGAGUAUGUGAGGGCGCUUGAACAGAGACAGAAAGAUCACGACGCGUAUAUGGAGGCAACCAUCGGGACAAUCAACGAGAUCCAGACCUGUGUCGCGUAUCUCCAGAAGGAACUAGGCGGCGACAAGGAACCUGAUGUGAGCGGAGACCAGUCUGUCGAAUUGAACAGCAUGGAGGAGGUGGUGAACGAAACAGACGCAGAAGCGAAAGAAGAAGAAGAUGAAGAAGAUGGUGACGCUUCUGGGGCAGUUUUUGGGGAGGCUGGGUCGAAUUCCAAUGAAACAGGCUAGGCUUGCUUGUGGACGGAGUAUGGCUUCCCGCGAUGGGGUUCGACAGAUGGGGUCAAGUGGAGUCUAGGGAGUGAGGGGAAAGAACAUCACAUGAUGCCCACUGUAAACGGUCGUCUUUUCUCAAUUCUGUGUCUAUUUGAAUGGGAGAUAUCAGAUAUUUUUUUCACAGUCUAUAAGGACAGGGGAUUGACUCAAAU